CUGUCCGAGAGACAUGCUGGAAUAUGUGCUUGGUAUCUGAGGGUGCGCGGAGGGCUUGAGCGUGAAGCGACAGUGUCUCAAGUGUUGGCAGAGCGGGCGCGAAGUGGUGUAAAUUUCGUGUCAGAAAGUCCGAAGACUCGCCCGCGUCAUUGCAGCCCCGCCACAAAUCGGGCAGGUGCAGGUGCGGGGCUGACAAAAUUCCAGCACCAGCUGCGGCUUUCAAUCUGACAGCAUUGUUUGCCAAUGUCACCCAUACUUCACCAUGAAUGCACUCGUGUACCGGUGACCGCGUUAGCAUCCUGCGGCGCGCUCUUGAUUGCUGCAGAAGGAUCAUUCCUGCGAUUCUACCACGCUAAGAGUUCCGAAUUCAUUGCGUCUGAACGCAUCUUCAAAGCACAGGCCGUUCAUGGCAUAUCAGUCUAUGCUGAAGAGCUAGGCAAUGUGACCAAGGUCGUCGUAUGGGGCGGACGCCUUGUUCGAGCCCUUCGAUUCAAUGCAUUGACAGGCGGCUCCAGCCAUGGACUCUUAUCUCUUUGUCUCUCAAAUGUUGUGAAAGCCACCGACUGGAUUCUUGAUCUCGCACCUCGGAUGAGUAGUCUGGAAGAUGGAGAGGUGCACGACCAGGAUACAUGUGCUGCUGUCACGGCUCACAAUGCUCUUCUCGAGCUCACCAUACAAUACCAAAACAGCACGAAAUCUUUGGACGUCAAUAUCUCUGAGCUCACAGCCAGCUCACGAUCCAUUCUUUACUCCGCUCAUCUGCUGUGGGAGUCACCCAGCUGUAUACUUGUUGCUGCUGGCACUGCAUUUGGCGAGAUUAUGUAUUGGUCAUGGUCCAAGUCGGUCCAAGGCGGAGCACUGUCACAAAUACACCAAGUCUUCCUAGGUCACGAAGGCUCGAUAUUCGAUGUUCGCAUCUCGAAAGAGCUGCAACGCGGAGAUUUCGGGGUCCUGAGACGCGUCAUUGCUUCUUGCAGUGAUGAUCGUACAAUUCGUCUAUGGGACGUCUCAAGUGUAGAUACCAAUGCCGACGGACUGUCAGGCGAAUUUGAUACAGACACGCAGCGGACACGUCACACAGGCUUUAGCGUUGCAGCCGCUGAUGAGAAGCCUGAGACCUCGAAUUGUCUUGCAAUCGGGUGGGGUCAUACGUCACGAGUCUGGAGGAUUCGGUUUCUAGACUCUUCUCCCUGUGAUGGUACGUUGGGUCUUCUCUCAGCAGGCGAGGAUGCUACGUCGCGCACAUGGAAGUUUGCAGCCAGUAUAGAGAAGGGAAACAGUCCAUGCACCCUACAGCAGACAGAUUGCUCCGCAUAUCAUAACGGCAAGAACAUGUGGUCAAUCGCUGCAUACCAUCAAGAUGCCAAUUCGGUUCGCGUAGCCUGCGGUGCUGCGGACGGCAAACUUACGACGCAUCCACUGAGUGGUGCCAACCAGGGCAUCAAUGAUCAAGGUACUUCAGUUGCUGAGUAUACUCUGAAGGACCUACUUUAUAUGGCAGAGCCCUCGAAUGCUUCGGGAGAUGCCACAAAACUUGCAAAGGCGUCGAAAAAGGGCGACUCGAUCAGAAGCUACUGCUUCAUCUCAAUCAAGACGUUCUUGUUGGUCACGAAUACUGGUAAGGUCCUGAUUGAAUCAUAUCGGACGAGUACGGACUCCAGCCUUGGCAGCAACCUCUCAACCUCAGUCUUAAUAGAUCAACUCGAGGACCUAUCAGGCUACUCGACUUGUACUGGUCUUCCUACCUACAAGCUUGCAUUCCUUGCAGGUACAAAGGGCAGUAUCUACAUGUACUCUGCACAUAACUCGAGCCUAAGGAGGAUCCACACAGUCACUGGGAAAGUUGGUUCUUUGUUUGUCACAGACGCUCAAUAUCCUGAAGGUCGAAAGCAGAUUGCGCUUCUGAUCACGCUGGUUGGCCAGACACACUCGCAACUGCUGUUCAUCGACACCCCAGCGGAUUCAUCACAGCCAAGCUUGAAAUCAAUGUCUAUAUCCAUUCCAGAAACCCUGACGGGUUCGACAAUUACCAGCAUGUCAAUAGUGGAUGCACACCCAGGACCGUCGACGCUUCUUCUAGGGUAUCGCCGUGGAUCUAUAGCGUUGUACACGAUUCCGCAUAAUAUUGCAGGAGCAGAGACUUUUCUCUUCAGGGUCAUCGAGAAAGUCCACGGCGAUGAGACCGUCACUGCAAUGAUGUUCCGAGCCUUACCCGAAAGUGCUUCGACCGGACAUCUGUACUCGGUCGGCCGUGACGGUUGUCUUGCUGUCCAUAUUGUCGACACUGAAAGAAACGUUGUGACCCUCGUCCACAACUUGACUUUACCAAUUGGACCGAACAUCGAGAACAUAUACAUUCACCAAGGUCACUUGUUGGUACACGGUUUCUUCAGUAAGAAGUGGGUUCUCUACGAUAUCACCACCGAAGAAGAAAUCAUGGGCAUCGAGACAGGCGGCGCGCACCGCAGCUGGGCGUUCCAGUCAAAUUCUGACUCCGAGUAUCCAGGCGGAACGCUUGUGUGGACACGUACAUCUAGUCUGCAUAUUUGCAGUCAAGUCGGCGCAAAUCACUCUGUCGUGCGCUCCGGCGGUCACGGCCGCGAGAUCAAAGCCAUAGCCGUAUCUCCACCUGUACCAAGCAAUAACGGUAUCACAAGCCUCAGAACCUUAAUCGCUACAGGCGCCGAGGACACAGAUAUCAAGAUCUUCACAUACGAUGCGGGAGAGCUUGUCUGCAGGCGAACGCUCCGCAAACACACCACCGGCAUCCAACACCUCCGGUGGUCCGAUAAUGGUGAAUACCUCUUCAGCAGUGCCGGUAGCGAAGAGUUCUACAUAUGGCGCGUCCAGUCCCUAUCCACAGAUAUCGGCAUUGGCAUCGUCUGUGAAUCCGUCUAUAGGCCAGAAAGCGAGUUUUCAGAUCUGCGCAUUAUGUCUUUCGACGUGCAUCUUACUGGAGGUACAUACGCUAUUGCGAUGGCAUUCUCGGACUCGAGCGUCAAGACGUACCGCUACACACCUUCUCUCGCACCCGCCUGGCAACCCCUAGCCAACGGGAUGUACUCCACGUCCUGCCUGACUCAGACCGCUCUCCUCUCACCCACACUCCUCUUCACAGCUGGCACAGACGGUCACGCCGCGUUCUGGUUUCUCCCCUCAUCCUCAUCCUCUGUUCCCUCGCACGAGAACAAGACGAUGGUAUGGAAACAGCCCCUCCUUAUCCACCAAAAUGCGUCGAAGACAAUUUCCACCCACCCCACGCCUCUCGGCACACUAAUUGUAUCCGGCGGCGACGACGGCGCGUUGGCUUUUGUACUCGCCUCCCCUUCUCCAGCUGCAGGGGAGGGAGGAGAAGAGAAGCAGAUCUACGCCGCUCCACGGGUGAUCGUGACCCGCGCGCACGGCUCGGCGGCAACCGCAUGCGCGAUACUCAGCAGCGAGACAGAGCGGAGAGUCUACGUGCUCACGUCCGGCAACGACGAGUGGGUGCGACUCUGGAGCGUGGAGAUCAAUGAUGCUUCUGAUUACGAGGACAGAGUGACGAUCAAGCGGUUGGCGAGGUGCAAGACCAGUGUCGCAGAUGUUUCGAGCAUGGCGGUAUUGGGCAACGAUGGGAGAGCUGCGAGGUUUGUGGUUUGUGGUGUUGGGAUGGAAGUCAUUAGGAUGGAGUUUGGGGCAGGUGAGAGUCACAUUAUGGUAUGAAGAUGCAUGGCAUUAUUUGCCUAUAGGUGCACAAAACGCGUUUACUAGGUAUAUGUAAAGAGUCAUUUCUUGCCAAC